ACUGUACCCCAUAGAUCCGUCUAGCACAGGAGAAUUCUGUAACCUGUAGGUUGCCUGCAGUCCAGUCCAGUCCAGUCCGUUACAGCUGCCUCACGGUAAAUUCUUGCUUGUCCCUUCCUUCCCCUCACAAUGACUGUACCCAAUGAAUCCGUCUUGAGAACGAUGAUGCAAGGAGUAACGGCGGAGUUGCGAGAAGAAAGCUGGCUACGGAAGUGUUCAUGUUAUCUGUAGAAUCCGUAGAAGGAAAAACUAAAUCCUUGCGUGUGAAUGAGUUGUAUAAAUCCGUGUGCCUAGCUCUUUACUAGAAGGACACACACUAACCUUAAUGUUGACUACGUCUGUGCUGUGAGAGAAGUAGCAGAAGUUUCAGAUUUAGUGACGUGUAAUAUGGAGCGAAGACAGUCAGGAGCUCCAAGACCACGGCCACUGGAUCAUGGCGACCCUCGAACGCCGAUGGCGUGGCAACACAGAAACAUCAACUACCAGCAACGCAACUUUUACGAUGAACGAUUUGGGGCAAAUCAGCAUGCGUAUAUGGGAACGGACGGCACGCCUGCCACGACACGAACAGACCCAUACGCAGAAGAGGUAGCGAUGGAAGGAAUGGCAAGAAAUCAACAGUACCAACCUCGAUCUCGUCCGCGGGCUCGACCCACGUCCUCAAGCACCGAAACAAGUGCCACCAGCUACAGCACUGCUGAGCCAGAUACAGACUCUCAGAUGAAGUUCAAUACCACUUUACCCUUCCAACCAGAUCUUAUCCCGGGUACUCGGCCAGCGCUCGGGACGUCACGUUCAAUGCAGUCGACUCUCUCCACGUGGGAUGGUGAACCGUGUCCCGUGCACCACGUGCCCGCUCCCGUUCUUCUUCCCCCUCUGCCACCGCCACAAUACUCACUGCUGGCUCUGCCCCCACCCCCUCCCAUGCUCCUACCACCCAUGUUGAGACCAAGACCUCUCGUGCUAUCGGCGGAGAAUACUGCGCCCCCAGAACCUCUACCAGUCAGGGAUCCCAAAUCAUCAGUAUCACCACUUCCACCCAAGGAAAGGAAGAAGACAAGCACACACUGCUGCAAGGGGCAUAUCAUCGUACUAUGGAUCGUAUCAAGUAUAAUAUUUGUUGGGGUGCUACUUGGUGUGGUCUUGCGGUUUGUGAUUGCGUAGAUUCUAAAAAUAAGCUACAAAGAGGAAUAAAAUACCAUUGUAAUUGUGUACAAGGAUAAAAGCAAACAUUCAAGGCCACACCACCAUUUCUCAACAAAAUCAUUAUUACGAAGAACGUCAUGUACUUUUGUGGCAGAAAUAUAAAAUGACAUAUCAGCACUUGGUGGAUCAAAAUGUGGUGAGUUCUGAUUCAUCAGAUGACAACAGCGAAUACAGCUCGGUGAAUAAAGGAAAUCUGUAACAUUUUCCUGAAAUGCUUAUGUACAAGGGCUUUUCAAUAAAGACUGGAAAUGAUUUUUGUAAAA